AUGGAGAGUGAGUAUGGUGAUAUACCGUUACACUGUGAAGUAAGAUGGCCGAGUGCAGGGAAUUGUUCGAAAUCUUUUUUUGCAUUGAGAAGUGAAGUUUUUGAUUUUCUUAAAUCUAAAAAUAUUGGACAACAGUUUUAUGAAGACUUAAAAAGUAUUUCAUUCAUGAAAUCUCUUGCUUUUCUCACUGAUUUGACAUCUCAUUUAAAUAUUUUAAAUUUAAAACUGCAAGAACUAAUUACGGAAUUUAAUUCACGAUUUAAAGAUUUUUAUAUAUUGAAACCUAAAUUUGAAUUAUUUAGUAGCAACCCAAUGACAGUUGAUAUCUCAGUACAACCUCCCGAUUUUCAAAUAGAGUUAUGUGAUUUACAAGCAGACUGUUUUCUUCAAUCAAAAGUCAUCGGAGUGGUUUCAAGUAUAUAUGGAUGUGUUGUGUUUUAUGAAUAUAUACUACUUAUAAUAUACAUUAAGUGGAUGGUGUACACAAUAAAUGAACAAAUUCCAAAAAAUAAAUCCACCAUAUGUACAUUCAGGGACUUGUAUUUGGAAGUAAUAGAAUGCUUGAACGAUAUAAAUAGAACAAUAUACGGUUUGCCAGCUAUAGUGAGUUUUAUUGCAGCGAAUUUUGGUCUACACAUUUUUAUAUUGUUCUAUAAAUUUUUAUUUACCAAAAAUAGUACAACUGAAGGCAUUAAACAUACAAUAAUUUUGGACAUCCUAACAAUAAUUAUAAGGGCAGUCAAUAUUAUACUUUUAUAUGGAAUUGGUCAAGCUACAGUAAAAGAGAUAAAUUGGAUGAGUGUUGUUUUACAUCAGCGUUCUGUAAUUGAGAGAAACCCUAGAAUAAAACUACAGAUCAAGUUUUUUAUCCUACGAAGAUAUUAUGAACACUACCAUUUUGUGUUGUAUGGAAUAUACGAGAUUGAUCCAAGACAAUUACUUAUGUUAGCAAACAAAGCAUUUGCUUACUUAGUCAUUCAAAUUCUGUUUAAAUUGAACAAAAAAUAA